UUGACCACGGCGUGCUACGGGUGUGUCUUCUAGUUGCACUUUCGACACACUGCUUGAAAGAGGUCACUGUGGUUGGGAGAGGGUUUGGUUGGAGUAAUAAAGAAGAGCGCAUAUUGUCGGGGGAGAGCAGAUCUCGGGUAGCGGAUCUCGGGCCGUUUGCCAAGGCUUACGGGGCGUCAGACUUUCCCGGCGACAAGGGAAAACUGGGACCUGAUCCCACACAGAAAGCAGGAAUUUCAGUAGCAGUUAUAAUAAUAUAUUGCAUUUAAGCCGAACGCACAACUGGGAGGACAGCACAAAGUAAACAGUGUUAUAUUCAGGAGUAUUUCUGUACUUCUUCUUUUGUUUCACGAUGGAUCACAAGAUGUAUCUUCUGUCUCUGGGGGUCAUUUUUGGCUUGCUGAGGAUAUCUUCCUGUAACAGAUGUCCUACAGGCCAUGUGAAAGAUCGUCAAACAAAACUCUGUGUAGAUGAUGACGAGUGCAAAGACCCCAUAACAUACUGUGGCAAUAAUGCAACAUGUUUCAAUACUGUGGGCAGCUACUACUGCCAGUGUGACACUGGCUUUAAAUCGACAUCCGAAACCUUCACUGCCAUCACAGGGCAGUGCGAAGAUAUUAACGAGUGUGACAAAGAGCCGGACAUCUGUGGUCAAAAUUAUGACUGUUUCAAUACAAUAGGAUCCUAUUACUGCAAGUGCAAACCAGGAUUCAGCUCUAGUAACCAUACCAGCUGUGAGGAUAUUGAUGAAUGUGCAGCUAACGUGUCCAGAUGUGGAGCGGGAUGGCUGGGGGGGGGGGGAACAAGAGGGAGGAAGCCAAGUGGCUUGACUGGAUUCACUGAGCCUCUGCUAUUUGCUCCUAUAGCCCUGAAUUGUGACCAGUUCCAGCCUGAUAAUGUCACCAAACAGACCCUACCAGAGCUUGCAAAUGAGUUGACAUCCUUCAGAUCCGAAUGCUUGGCAUUGAACAUGGCGGCUGGAGGAGGAGGAAGUGGAGAAAUGCUGUUAGAGAUGCUGCUGUCUAUAAUAGAUAAGUUACUCUCAUCUGGGCCACUGGGUGACAACAAGAAGGUGAGCAGACUGCUGGCCCUGACCGAGAACGCCAUCUUCAUGGUCACUCUGCUGCUGAAGGAGCCUCAGACCCAGAUGGCAUCCACCCACACAGAGGUGGAGAUUCUGGUGAACAGAAGCACAGUGCCGCCUCAGGGUCCAGUCAGCUUGUCAUCCCAGUACACCAGACUGGAUACUCACUGGGAGACAGCCGCAGGAGCGAUCGACAAAUACCCAGGGUUUGCCUUCACCUCCCUGCUCAGCUACAACAGCCUGGAGAAGUCCACCAAUGGCUUCUUCCAUGGGAUGGGCAAAAUGAGCCAAGUGAGAGGGUACCAGAUCAUCUCCAAGGUGGUGACGGCCAGCGUUAGCAACAGGAACACUCGAGAACUACAGGAACCGGUCACGUUUGACUUCAGCCACACGCAGUUCGCUGAGAAGGGAAAGCCUGUGUGUGUGUUCUGGAACGCCAGCCUCGGGGGUGGAGGCUGGUCUCCGGUGGGCUGCACGAUGGUGAAGUCAAACCCCAACCACACCAUCUGCAACUGCACCCACCUCAGCAGCUUCGCUGUCUUGAUGGCACUCUAUGACAUAGAGGACACAUUCGAGUUGCAGUUGAUCUCGUGGGUGGGGCUGUCCCUGUCGCUGCUCUGCCUACUGCUCUGCAUUGCCACCUUCUACUUCUGCAAAUCCAUCCAGGGGACCCGCAACACCAUCCACCUUCACCUCUGCAUCAGUCUGUUCGUCGCCUACCUCGUCUUCCUCGUGGGAAUUUCCAGAACGGAGAACAAGGGUGCCUGUAGCUUCAUAGCAGGCCUUCUCCACUUCUUCUUCCUGUCCGCCUUCUGCUGGAUGUGCCUGGAAGGUGUGCAGCUUUACCGCAUGGUGAUGCUGGUCUUCAACACCACACUGCGGAAGCGCUACUUGCUGGCCGCUGGCUAUGGCAUCCCCGCCGUCAUCGUGGCGAUAUCCGCCUCCGUCGACGCAAAGGGCUACGGAACAGAUCGCCACUGUUGGUUGAGCCUAAAGGACAAUUUCAUCUGGAGCUUCUUCGGCCCUGUCUGUGUCAUCAUCAUUCUGAAUGUUUUUUUCUUCAUCAUCACGGUGUGGAAGUUAGCAGAGAAAUUUUCCAGCCUUAACCCUGACCUCUCCAGUUUACGGAAAAUUAAGACAUUUACAGUCACAGCUAUAGCACAACUCUGCAUCCUGGGCACUAUGUGGGUCUUUGGCUGCUUCCAGUUCGAGAAGAACACACUGGUCAUGUCCUACCUCUUCACCAUCUUCAGCAGCAUCCAGGGGAUCCUUGUGUUCGUCAUGCAUUGCCUCGGCUCCAAACAGGUACGAGAGGAGUACAGCAGGUUCCUGACCAAUUGCAGGCCUCAGAAGUAUUCAGAGUUCAGCAGUAACAAGUCCAGCAAUUCACAGGCCUUCAGAAGCUCUGAUUAUACAGGAGAGUCGAAGAUCUGAGGGAUCGUUAACCAUCCCGUGUCGCAGUUACAGCUGUUCUCUUGCCAGCUUCCCUGUAUUGCUCCGCUUACCCUUUUCUGAGCGCAAAAAACCUUUGUGCCGGGGCUCCGACUGGAGUAUGGCCACAAAAUGGA